UAUAUUCUGUUUGAAGGAUUUGAAGUGUCUGUUUUCAACUGAUAUCCAACGUAUAAUUUCAAUUUAAUUUCUUUCCAUUCUCAACGAAAAUGAUGUACAAAGGCGAUGUGAAUAAGGAAUACGAAAAAGAAUUGAUCAGGUAUCGAUCACAACAAGUGAUUAUGAAGGCACUGUUGGCAGCUAAAGAUUACAUGGGAAAAACUGAACCUGAAGUUGUUCAGCUGAUUAAUGUAACUUAUUUAUCGAAUGACUUAAAUUUGAAUCGAGGAGAGGUCGACUCACUAUUCGGUACAAAACUUUCAUCAAAAUCUCUCGAACCUUUACAACGAGCGAAACUAAUGAAGCAUCUAUUCCAACAAAUAACUACCCAAUGCAACGAUGUGAAUAGUUUUGCCCGGAAAAUGAAGCAAGACGUGCAAUUUAACGUUUUCGAAAUGGACAACACUACCAAACAAAUCGAACUGCUUUUGGCGAACUACAACGAAAAACUAUUGCAACUGGUGAAGGUGAAGGCAAGACUGUGCGAUUUGGAAUCUCAGGCUGUGCAGUUGAAAAGUGGCUCAGAGCAAAGGAAACAACUGGAACUGUUUCGGUUGGAAGUGAAACGAAAAAUCAUCGAAAAUGAACGUUUCAAACGUAUUCUGCUGCAUCGAAUGUGCAAUCAAACUGCUAAAAAUACGGAAGCGUUGCUGAAACUGAAAUAUUUCUUAGACGACAUGUCAUAAUCACAAUCAACCAAACGAAAUAUCCGCUUGUGCAAAGGCAAUUUAAAACAUUCUGACUUGUAAAUAAAGUUCCUGUAAAUACAACAAUGCUCGAUAAA